GUUGAGGCUCGCUCGUUCAGCGAGGAGAUUCCAUCUUUCCCUUUCUGACCUCGAAAACACGUCGGACGACGAGCAGACUAUUCUUUACAUUGAACUAUACACGCACAUAGUCGUUCACCAAAAAUCUACUCCAACACCACCAUGUCAUCACGCCAGCGUUCCCCCUCGAUCGAAAUCGUGUCUUUUGGUCCGCCUGCGCAGCCCAGGAAGCCAGCACUGGUAGACUCAACGAGGACGAGGGAUAAUCAGUCUACGAGCGGGGCGGGGGCGUCAACAAAGGGGGCGAGUGCUCAUGUUGUGAAGCGGACUGUUGCUACGGCCAGCGCUGAGAAACCUCAGCCUAGCACAUCUGCGGGAUCGAAGCGCAAGUCGCUGGACGCGCCGACCUCUGCCGCCAAGCGUACAAAGACGAGCGCAGCGCCGAAGGAGAAUAAGGCGAAGGUCGAGGAGAAGAAGGAUCCGACCGAGCGCUGGAAAUGGAUUGACCUUGCGCGGCCUGAGUUGUGCGUGUCUAUGCGUACUGUGUCACUCUCGGGCUCUGCUGACGAUCUUCUCUAUGCAAAUGUGGUCAAUCUUUUCCAUACGCAUCCCGACAUUUCACCAACGCGCCAUGAUAUACUCUCCCUUUCCUCCUUCAGCGAAAUCAAGGGUACUAAGAUCGAGGCGUUCAACUGUGGUGGGACCUUCUUCAAGUCUACGGCCAAGACCGUCGCCGACCGACUCGACAAGCUCGAGAGUUUCCUCGCCGAAUGCGAGGGCGACGAGACCUGCCACCCGACCUACGGCUACCCGGAAGCUUACAAACCCAAGCGCGUCACCAAGAAGAAGGGCGAGCCGGAGGAUACGCGCUGGCAGUGGAUCGAUAACAGACGGCCGGAGAUGCGCUUCAAAGGCACCAAGAUCGAAGCUUACAACUGCGGCGGCGCGUACUGGAAGGCGACGGGCAAGACCAUCGCCGACCGGCUCGACAAGAUGGAGCGCUUCCUGGCGGAAUGCGAGGGCGAUGAGACGUGCCAUCCGCGGUACACGGAGCAGUUUUGAGCUUUCUUCGGUGCGCCGCUUGAUCGCUCUCAAAGGCGUGUCUGUCGCGACCGUUAGGAACGUCCAUAACCAGCGUCAAUCCCUUUUACCUUCCCCCAUCCUUGUUUCGCAAGUGCCCUUUGGUACGCGGCUCUAUGAUUACACGCAAAUUGUGUCUCCCUCCGCUACGCGCUUAGGUCUUGUUUAUCAACAGUAUUCCUAUCUAUUGAUCUACGUUGUUGUAUCUUCUCUACAUCUACUAAUGCUUAUGUACUUACCUUUGAGUAAUAUAUCUCUUCCAUCCUC